CUCUCUUUUUUUGUCGUGUUUCGAUCGCUUCUCUAUCCGCCGGGUAAAAGUCCGUCGUACUGGUAAGGUGAAGGAAGUUAUGAAUUCGAUUUCGAGGAUCCUGCGAAGGAGUUCAAGAUUUAGUCUUGCGCCUUCUUCGUUUGGUGCUAUUAGUAAGCUAGAGAUAUCAAAUGGUACCAAAGAAAGUGCUUUCAGAGCAUCUGAAUUGAAUUUUAGUGAUAAAUCACAAGGUUUGAUAAGAGACUACUCCGUAAGAGAUGUGUUGUCACGCUUCAUUGGCAUCAACAAGCUAUCUUCUCUAGCUUAUGUUAAAGGAAAUGAGGAAGAGAAGAAGGAGUUUGAACCAGAGUUGGCAUUUCCUGGUCCUGUGGAUGAGGAAGAGAAGGAGUUCGAACCAGAGUUGGCAUUUCCUGGUCCUGGGGAUGUAUCAGAGGGAGUUGAAGAUGAUUCCCUAUUCGAUUCUGAGCUUGGUAGUGACAUAGAUACCUCUGAUGAUGGUCUUGAAGUAGAAUUAGAGCAUUCAAACAAGGGGAAAGCUAAAAAGACAAGAGGACGUUGUGAGUUGUAUGACUCCAUUGUUGCUUAUAAAUCAGUGAAACAUGUUCUUCAACAGUGGGUCAAAGAAGGUAAAGAUUUGAGUCAAGCUGAGGUUUCUCUUACCGUUCACAACCUGCGUAAACGCAGAUCCUACGCUAUGUCUUUGCAGCUUUGGGAGUGGUUGCGAGCUAACACACAGUUUGAGUUCACAGAAGCAAACUACGCUUCUCAACUGGAUUUGGUGGCUAAGGUUCAUAGUUUACAAAAGGCUGAAACCUUUUUGAAUGAUAUUCCAGAAUCUUUCAGAGGAGAAAUAGUAUACAGAACACUGCUUGCAAACUGUGUGCUUAAACUCCACGUGAAAAGAUCUGAAGACCUUUUCAACAAAAUGAGAGAAUUAAAAUUCCCAACGAGUGUGUUUGCUUGCAACCAGAUGCUUCUCCUCUACAGCAAGCUUGAUAGAAAGAAGAUACCUGAUGUUUUGUUACUCAUGGAGAAAGAAAAGAUCAAACCCACUCGGGGAACCUAUCAGUUUCUUAUCAAUACUAAAGGUUUAGCCGGGGAUAUAGCUGGAAUGGACAAGCUUGUGGAGACGAUGAAGGAAGAAGGUAUUGAGCUAGAUCCUGAGUUACAAGCUACACUUGCUAGGUACUACAUAAGAGCAGGGGUUAAAGAGAGAGCUGAAGAAAUUAUGAAGGAAAUAGAAGGGGAAGGCUUGGAGCAAACUCCAUGGGUGUGCCGUUCUUUACUCCCUCUUUAUGCAGACAUUGGAGAUAAGGAGAACGUGAGAAGGUUGAGUAGGUUUGUUGAACAGACUUUGAGGUAUGAUAACUGCAUUUCUGCUAUCAAAGCAUGGGGAAAGCUGAAGGAAAUCGAAGAAGCAGAAGCAGUGUUUGAUAAACUCGUGGAGAGAUACAAACUUAUUCCUAUGCUUCCGUAUUUCACCCUCAUGGAGAUAUACACUGAGAACAAGAUGCUAACAAAAGGCAAAAACCUGGUUAAAAGAAUCGCUAGUGCAGGUGUCAAGAUCGGUCCUUCGACGUGGCACGCGCUUGUGAAGCUUUACAUCAAAGCAGGAGAAGUUGGAAAAGCUGAGAUGAUAUUGAGCAAAGCGACGAAGGAUAACAACUGGAGACCUUUGUUUAUUUCGUACAUGGUGAUACUUGAGGAGUACGCGAAGAGAGGGGAUGUUCAUAACACGGAGAAGGUUUUCAUGAGGAUGAAGAGAGCAGGGUAUGCAGCUCAGCUAAUGCAGUAUGAGACUGUGCUUUUGGCUUAUAUCAAUGCUAAGGCACAUGCUUAUGGGAUGAGUGAGAGGAUGAAGGUGGAUAAUGUGUUCCCGAAUAAGAGUCUUGCUGCGAAAUUGGCUCAGGUUGAUCCUUUCAGAAAGAGUCCAGUGUCUGUUUUACUUGACGAUUGACCAUUAUUUAGUAAUCCUGUGUUUUUAUUGUUAUGAGUUCUGCUAAGCUUAGGGGAUAAUAAACAGAGGAUUCCGUUUUUUCUUAAUUGGUUUUACAAGUGAGUGUUAAUUGUGUUCAAGGAAACAACAUGAUUAGAGAUGUCAUAAAGAGUUUUGACGAGUUUGGAAAAAGAUUUUUUUACCCUC